AUGAUCAGAAUAAAGCUGAACGAUGCCAAGAAGUAUGAGCUAUAUCAUUUCACAGAGGCGCACAAUCAUGAUUUUGUGCACGAAGAAGAUUUAGAUCUUCGUAAGGAAAACAGAUGUGUUAAUCGUGCGCACGAAGAGAUGAUAAAUAAGAUGUCAAAUCUUAACAUUGGUCCUGUUCGAGCAUUUAAUAUCAUGAAGAAAGUGUGUGGCGGGUUCGACAAAGUCGGUGCGACCGAAGUUGAUUUCAAAAAUUUCAAAAAAGAAUUAAAUCUGUUCAUCGAAGAGUUUGAUGCUGAAAUGUAUAACAUGAUGUUUGUCCCUUUCACUGGGAUUGAUAAUAAUAACAGGAACAUUACACUUGGUGCUGCAAUUCUUGGGUCUGAAACGGCAGAGACGUAUGGUUGGUUACUUAAGGUAGGGGCUACCCUAUGUUCAAAUACCGAUUUCAGGAAAAGAUUGUCUGCAGUUGUUUGGACUGAUUCUUUAUUGCCCGAAGCGUUUGAGACUGAAUGGGCAGCUAUCUUAAAUGAGUUUGGAUUAACUGACCAUGAAUGGUUGACGUAUAUAUACGGGCUCCGUGAAUCAUGGAUUCCAGCUUAUUAUCGCGAAGAAGAAAUGUCUGGACUUAUGCGGACAUCAUCUAGAUCCGAAAGCGAGAAUCACUUUUUUGGCAAGAUUAGCAAUCCAAAGUGCACUUUGGUUGAAUUUCUUAGCCACUUCGACACAGUUAUCGAAGCGCAAAGACAUGAGCAUCGAAAAAACGAUCAUGACACUCGAUACACCAACCCUGAGCCGUGGAGUGAGUUUGUUCUUGAGAAGCAAGCAGUUCAGAUACAUACCAGAACUAUAUUUUUUGACGUCCAGCUUGAGAUUCAACAUGCAAUUCAUCGUUGUACUAGUGUCAGAUUAGGUCAUCCAUCUGACUUAUACACUGUGUUUUUUGGAUAUGCAAUGUUAAAGGUUAUGAUACGUGAGGAGGAUGUAACUAUUAAAUGUAACUGCAACAGGAUUCUUGAUGUAAGGGAGUUUCCGAGACAAUAUAUAUUGAGGCGAUGGAUGCGUGAAGUUAUGCCAAAUAGUUCCCCCAGGUCCAUUCUUACUGAUGGCGGUGAUCCAGAUCGUAGCGAGGAGGUCAACCGUUGUGUCCGUGAGAUUAGUCACGCAACUGAGUAUGUCGUGAACAAGUUGAUUUCAAAAUUUGAUCAGUUGUGUACUUUUCGUGAACAUAUUAAGCAGUUUAUGUCAGUCACUGAUGAAGCUCAGAUAAAUGCACCUCUAAAGACACGACGUAAUCGAUUUGCUGAACUGCUGGGGGUUGCUCCAGUGAGCACGACCACUAUCCGUGUUCCAGUUGGUACCAGGUUCAAGGGCUGUGGUUCCCAUAAACGCCUCAAAUCUCAAAAGGAGCGUACCAUAAGUCAGUCUGGAAGCACUUCGCGGGAUGCUGAAGGUAAUGCUGCUACAACCGUGGAAGCUGCUGCUGCUACAAUUGUUGAAGGUGAUGGUCCUGGUUCCAACGAUGUUGAUGAUGUGUUUUACACAUCGGGGAAUGAUGCAGAUCUGGAUGACGAAGACAUGGCAGAGUAG